CCCAUCUCUUCUUUCCAUCCUGCCCUCAUCCUUUAUAUUGCACAUCAUCUUGUAUUUUUGUCUUUUUACCUUAACAAGUGCCUGUAAAGGAACAUGUUGUCCAGCCCUCGCCAUUUUCUUAACACUUUUCAUACGUCUUCGCAUCGAUCAACCAACGCCUCUCAAACCUCUUUCACCUCUUACGCCGCAUCGCACACCACCCAAGAUACCCAUCGCGCAAACUCAUGUUCAAGCUCUAACUUCAGAUCUCACUCGUAUUCCCGCUCACCUCAUGCCCCUGCAUCUACUUCUGCUGCAGACCCUGACUUUGCACCUUCCAUUUACCACUCGAUUCAUCUUCGCCAUGAAAGAGGAGAAGGAUCGACAUUGCAAGGAAGCGUGACUUCGCAUACCUCGAAGGGCUUGUUGUUUAAGAACCCGUUUAAGAAGAAUAAUGAUUUGGUCUCUCAGCUGGAACGGGCAGAGCGGGUUGGGAAGGAUCGGGAAAGGCAGAAGGAACGGGUAAAACAGAGGGAGAAAGAGAAGGAGAAGGAGAGGGAGGGAGAGAUGGGGGAGUCAUCGAGAAGGCCAGGCUUGAUGAAACAGGGGACCGCUAUGAUGAAGAGGAGAUUUUCGAUUACAAGAAAUGAUGUGAAGGCUGUUGUCACACCCACGCCGAAAGCGGGAGGGAAUCAAAUGUACGGAGGUGCGGAUGAAGAUGAGGAGGUAAUGAUUAUCGUUGGGAAUCAAGAUGAGAUCCGCGAUUUCCAUCUACCAACUCAAAGGCCGGUGUCACCAAUUAUUACAGGCGAUUUCCUCAAGACUCCUAGUAGAGUGAGAACAUCUUUGUCACCAUCUCUUGGUGAAAGUAAAACAUCAUCCCGACCAUCUCCGUCUUCUUUUUCUCCUCAAUUGUUACCUGAACACACACCUGAAGAUCCUAUUGAUCUCGAUAUCUUUGAUUCUUUCGCUCCCUUUCCAAAUUAUGAUACCAAUCUUGACGCGGACGCGAUCAGUGCCUUUACUGCCGACGCUACCCCGAAGAAAGCUGUGAGAUCGACUACUUGGCAAGUAAAGGCAAGACCUAAGAGCAUCUACGUCAAACGGCUCAGCAAGAGGUUUGGCAAGACGAAUAAUACGGUAGCAUCCCCAAAACUAUCUAACGGCGAGAUCCAUCCUUCCCUCGCGCACCCCCUGCACGCAAAGCCUCUGUUUGCUGAGUCUUCUUUGCAAGCCGCACCCACACCCGCGCACCAGGCUUCUCGGCAUAUCCCUACCAAGGAAGAAUUGAUGAACAGGCCUCUUCCACCACAUACACCUCAGGGCCUUCCGAGCCGAUAUCGACCCAAUGGAACGACUAUAUUUGAUAUUUACCCCGACGAAGAUUUGGAUUAUCACCCGAUUCCACCGCCAGGGACUCGACAGAUUGCCCGUAUUGGCCCUAACGUCAUUCCCAAUUCAACCACCCAUCUUCAUCCGCAUGGCGCUAUGGCCGAUGCUAACACCAAUACCAACCUCAAUCGCGCCCGCAAUACUCAUGUUGAUACUCGACGGAGGACCAUCGCCCCUCGAUCUUCACGCGUAUUUGAUAUCCCCAACGCCCUAUACGACCUUUGGCAGUACGGAAUGGACGAACCGGAAAUAAUGGAUCUCUCAUUUGAUGAAGAAGAGUUGGAGCGAAAAAGAAUAUUACCAAUGUUUGUCCAUGUUCGGUCGACCGGCAAGCGACUUGUUAAGGACACUCGAAUCCAAUCUCCUGGUUCCUAUACUCGAAAUCAAGGACGCAAGAUGGGAAAGAAUGAAGUUGCGCGAUCGAAUGACAGGAUACGGAAUGAUCUGACCGGUAGCCCGAUAACGACGGGGAAUAAUACGUUUAUGGUGGAAAUUUCACCGGCAAGUUUAGAUUCUGGUUCGAAAAGCUCACUAAAUUCUCGAGUGUCUCAACUCUCUGAAGUAUCUGAUGGAUCUCAAAUGUCUGAAGGAAUGGGAGGAUCAGGAGCGUCGGGUGGAUCACGAGGGUCAAGGGAUGAUAGUAUAGGGCUGUUAGUACAUGGGAAAGUGGAGACGGCGAGCAAGAUGUCGUUGAGGUAUGCGACCCCUCGGGCGGCUGGGAGGGAUUUGAAGGAGGAUAUGAGAACGGAUGGUAUGGCGAGUAGUGCUUCUGUUAUGACAUCUUCGGUCUCCCAAGCUUCGCAAAUUUCAGGAGUAUGGGAUUAUGCGGCGUUAAUCGAUGAUCGUGACCAUACAUCACCUCAAGAUGAAAUUUUCACUCGGGACCAAGUCCAAACCCAAACUCAAAGCCGAACGACGUCAGCUGUACACACACGAAAUGAAGCAAAAGCAAAAGCACAAGGUCAAAGACAACAGGGAAAAGGGGAAGAAGUGCAUCCUGAUGGUGAUAUGGCAAGGGAAAUGGCGUUUGAAGAUGCUGAGUCGGUACCUGAUAUGGUGCUUGACCGAGAUUCGGUGUUUGAGCACGCGCUUUGAGAGGAGAGGUAUGUCUUCGUAUGUCUUUGUUCUCUUCUCUUUGUCCUUGUGUCGGUCGAUGUAGCUUGUCCCUUAUGUAGCUUGGUGGUUUGGUUCUUCCGACGAUAAAAUGAAAAGAUAUUGAAAUAUGCAU